AUCUAUCUAUAACGUCGGCGCAGUUUUUUAAAAGGACACUGUGCCUUUAAGACACGUCAUCACAGUCCAAGAUGGCAGCGCACUAAUUCUCUACGACAACACAUCCUAGCAAUGUCUGCAAAUAUCAUUAAGUUUUCGAUUUGAGGGCUAAGACGCGGAUUUCUCCUGCACAUUUUUAAAAAUACACAUUCAAUGAAACCGAUAUUUAGACGGACACUUCCUCCGUCCGUGAGGAGUCUUCUGACUGACAUAGGUCCAAAAGACGAGUGGCCGGAUGAAGAAGAGGAUGCCUCAGCGGUCAGCAGGGACGGGAUCCUGCUUCCUGAAAGAGGGUCCUCAUUUGGGAAUGAAGGCUUUAUCUCUCGAGCUCAGGCCGACGGGAAAAACACUAAAGUGUGCAUGCUGUGCAACUGCAAGCCUGCGUGCUACACCUGCCCACGGUGCAAUUUACAUUACUGUGGCGUAGCUUGUUACCGCAGCCCGGAUCACUCCUUAUGCUCAGAGGACUUCUACAAAGAAUCUGUUCUCGAGGAGCUGAAGAACAUGGGGGAAACAGACCAAGAAGGGAAGAAGAAAAUGCAGGAGAUUCUUCUCAGUUUAAGACAAAAGGCACAAAUGACAAACGGAGGAAUCGAAAGUGUGUUCAGAGAAGCAGGAAUAGAACAAGAUACCGACAUUAAGGCUGUGGACCUCCUGUCCAGAUUAGCUGAACUUCAGGAAUUCGAAGCAGAUAGUGUGGAGGAAAUUGAGGACAUCUUGAAAACGUUGGAAGGGAUCGGAGAGGACGAAGCAGAUGAGGAGCCGUCGGGAAGCGUGGCCCGACAGCUGUCAGAGCUUGAUCUCGACAAGCUCUCUGAAGAAGAGCUGUGGGCACUCCUUGACAGCCGGGAAAAGGAGAAGUUCACAGGUCUCCUGAGGGGGGGAGCGCUCGGUGGUUUGAUCCCCGUGUGGAGGCCGUGGUGGGAGGAACACGAAGAGGAGGGGAAAGCGCUGGUGGAGGUGCUGAAGCAGGAGGUUCAGAAACCAGACAAGAAAGUGAAAAAGACUCAAGACAAGAAUAAAACCUCUAUAGUCUGUGGUGUUCCUGCGAUCUCUGCAAAAAUCCCCAAACUAAACUCGUUAUGUCGGAAUCCAUCGCCGUUGGUGUGCUACAGUGUGAUCAACACUCUUUAUUGCUAUGCUUUUACAUUGCAGCUCUUCAACGGCGACCCCGAUUCGCUCCCGUUUGAGUUCUGCGAUAUGAUGCUCACGUUGUCCGAGGGCCUGAGCUCUGGCAAGGUUUUCAACUCCGUGCAAGAGGCCGUGCACAGCGGAGAGACCCUCAUCUUAGGAGGAGGAUACCUCAACAAACAAGAAUCCCGCGCCACAGACUUGGCAGUCGAAGCCACCGCUCACAUCCUGACGGGUCGAGACGAGGAAAACGCCACCGUAUACAUCCUUGCAGCCUUGAGUCAGCUGCGCUCAGCGCUCACCCGAGCCAGAGCCGCUCUUUCCAAGGAGGGCGAAGGAGGUGCGAAGAGACAGAAAUACUUCCUGGCUUCCAAGAAGUGCGAAUUCUUUCAAGCCUGGACGCUGGAUCGUUCGCUUCACACACGUGGGCUGGCUUUGGAGCUGUGGAACGAGCACAGUCGACGAGAGGCUGACAGGGAAAGCGUGGAGGAAACAAAGAUGCUUGUUGAGGAGAGCUUUAAAAAAGGGAAAAGGAAAGGUCAUACGAAGAUGAUCCAAGAAUUAAACUAAGAGUUAUUACUGUAUCAAGAUUUCUGGUGAAAUAAAAUAAUUCUCUCACUAUUCAUAAAAUGUUGUGUGCUUAUACUGUAUAUGUGAAUAAAAGUGCAUAACAGGUCAACACAUA